AUGAUAUACAUAUGAAGCGGCCGCGAGUCUAGAAUUCUUGGGGCUCGUUACUUUUUCCAAUGUCUCAGAGCCAUAAAUGUCGAUCUGCACAUAUAUAGACUCGUUCGUUUCGCGUCACUGCUCAUCUAGAGUGGACAAUCUUCAACUUCUCUCAAAGAGACCAUCUCCGACACGUUCAUUUUGAACCCCGCGUAUAACGAUCAAGCCUCGCAAUGGCUUUUCCUCUCCCGCGGGGCAUUACGCCCCCGGAGAUAGCAUUCCUUGCGGAGAUGGAGAUGGUAACUAUUGUUCCUCGUCAGCGACUCGAGGGUCUCGAGCUUUUGGGUGGCCCUACUGAACCACUCCUCCCUCCCCGUCGCACUUCUCUUCCUCUUUGGCUCGCUCUCCUCCUCAAGCGUCAACGCCGCGCAAACAUCCUCCCACCAGACUGGCUCCAUCCUGAACCUCUGUCUCUAAUUCUCGAAAUCGAAACACAGCGGUCCGAAUACAAGGACGCUUUCUCCCCUCCUCCUCCACUCCCCGGCCAAGGGAAUCCCAGAGGCCGCACCGCCCGAAGGACGUUAGACGGCCAGCUAUAUUUCCCCGCUCCUCCCUUCCUACCGCAGAAUGUAGCGCGGACGAAUGCGAUGCCGUCAGGGGAACCGCCGUCCUUACCGUACCACUGGCUGGAAGUAGGGAAUAUGCUGCUGGAUGCGGCCAGCGAUGAUCUCGUGGAGCCAGAUCAGCUGAGGCGGCUAUUGAAGGACCUUAGGGAGGUGAGAAUGGCUAAAAUGAGAAAGGGUGUAGAUGUAUUAGAUGCGGCGGCCACAGGUGGAGGCGGCGUCGCUCUCACGGGUGUAGGGGCCAUGGAAAUAGGAGAAGGUAGAGGGUUCGUGGCCGGGGUGGUAGAAGGAUUAAGGAAAAUCGGGGCGUCUAAAGAAUUGGCGCGAAGAGAACAACUCGCUGAGGAGCGCGAAAAUACAUACGACGGCACGCAAAAUGAAGACGAAAUGGAGUUCUAGGCGUUUCGGUUUGCUUUGGUUUUGCAUCAUCUUGUGAUCCAAAAAGGGGGUACUAUGAGAUCUAUGACUUUGAAAACGAAUUCCUUAUAUGCAUAUACCCUGCAGCUGCCAUAGAGAAUAAAUAAAAAGAUCAUUCCAAUGAAACGCCAUAC